ACAGAAAGACAGCUGGUGAGCCAAACGGCACCACUGAGCCUUCCUAGAAGUGGAGCACCAAGGGAUCUGCGGGUGUUAGCUGGGUCCCAGUAGCUGUGAGGAGCAGGACUGCAAGUGUGUGCUGUAUGGCACCAGCCCCGAAGCCAGGAGUAAAUGGCAGAAGCCUGAAGAAGGUGACAGGCCUUUCCCUGUCAGCUCACUGACAGGCCGCCAAAGCCUUGCCUCCCCGCCCCAGCGAGAGCGAUACCAGCGCCGGCUGCCCCAGCUCUGCCCGAGAGAGGCAGGCUGACGGUUUGCCAGCUGGAAGCGAUCAGAGAGCCCCUUCUCCGCCGCGAUCGCCAGCAGCUGCGAGCCCGGGUCCUGCCGGGGCCGCCCUCUGCCCGCCGGUUACUAAAGGCCGCUGCGCGGCCAUAUACUUUCCGCCAGUGUGGGGGCCCGGCCCGCACGCCCCCGCCCCGCCCGGCCUUGCCGUGUCCCCCCCCCCCCCCCCGCAGAUAACCGCGGCUCCCGCCUCCCCCCGGCUCUUCCCCACCCGCCCAGCGCGGAGUCGGCCCCGGGUCGGCAGCCGUUCUCCAAGCGCCGGCUGCCUCUUGCCGCGGCGCGGGCGAGGAUGGCUCGCAAGCCCGGGGGCUUUCUGCAGGAGGCCUCUCACCAAGUCGUCGCCGGAGGCUCGGCGGGUCUUGUAGAAAUUUGCCUGAUGCAUCCCCUUGAUGUAGUGAAAACAAGGUUCCAAAUUCAAAGAGGGAAAACUGAUCCGACCGGUUACAAGAGCCUGGGGGACUGUUUUAGGACUAUUUUCCAACGAGAAGGAUUGCUUGGCUUCUACAAAGGAAUAUUUCCUCCCAUCUUGGCUGAGACACCCAAAAGGGCAGUGAAGUUUUUCACCUUCGAACAAUACAAGAAGCUACUAGGAUAUGCAUCAUUACCGCCAGGACUGGCAUUUGCAGUUGCUGGCUUGGGAUCUGGAUUGACAGAAGCAGUUGUGGUUAACCCUUUUGAAGUAGUAAAGGUUACCUUACAGACAAAUCGGAAUGCCUUCACAGAGCAACCGUCUAGCUUUGUUCAAGCUCGGCAGAUCAUUAAUACCGAUGGUCUGGGCUUCCAAGGACUCAACAAAGGUCUUACUGCAACACUGGGCCGUCACGGAGUUUUUAACAUGGUUUACUUUGGAUUCUACUUCAACGUGAAAAACAUUCUUCCAGUCAAUAAAGAUCCAAAUUUGGAGUUUUUGAGGAAAUUUGGAAUUGGGCUAGUCUCAGGAACAAUAGCCUCAAUUAUUAACAUUCCUUUUGAUGUUGCAAAAAGUAGGAUUCAAGGACCACAGCCAGUUCCUGGAGAGAUCAAGUACAGAACCUGUUUUAAAACUAUGGCAACAGUCUAUAAAGAGGAAGGAUUUCUGGCUCUGUACAAAGGCUUGGUUCCCAAGAUCAUGAGGCUUGGUCCAGGUGGUGCAGUGAUGCUUUUGGUUUACGAAUACGUUUAUGCAUGGCUUCAGGACAGAGUUGAUCACAAGUAGCACUUCUGAAAAAUGUACUCUUUAAAAUUAUAUGCAUUCGAAAAUACACUUUAAUAAAGUAAAAGUGAUUCUCACCCUUUACGGUGUUAACGCCCACAGAUUACACUGAUGUUAAUACAGUUCAAAACAAAUUUGGUCUUCAGGUCCUGAUCCAAGAAAACAUUUAAGCCCAUGCUUUUCUGUAAGUGCAUAAGUAAAUAGCACAGUUGAUAUUUGUAAUUAUUUUACUGGAUCAAGAGAAAAUAUAAAGGAGACAUAGGAACAAGUUAGUUUUUCAAGGACAAACUGACAAUUCUGGACACUGAAUUAUACUAUGUAGUCAAUACACUUUUUAAAAAAAUUCAGCUGAAAUGGCAAGAUAAUAAUUUUUCAGGGGAUUUUGAAGAAAAAAAUGGAAUAAUCCUGUGGGGUCAGAUACUAAGCUAGUGUAAACUGACAGCUCCAUUGACUCCAGGUUAAGAACAUGACCCAUACUCUGCAAACUCUUGUGUCAAUCUUGGGUCCAGUUUCAAUUCAGUCCAGUACGAUUUCAACAUUGAUAGAAAAGCUUCUGCAGUUGUUGAGAGUUAGGAUAGAAAAAGGACAGCAUGACUAGCCACAGCCUUAAAAACACAGAUACUGUUAAAUGUUCUACUCGUUCUUAGCCAUAUAUGUCAUAUAAAUCUCACUCAGUUCACAGAAGAUACUGAAAAUAAUUAGUCUGAAUCAAGUACAUAAAAGUGCAAAACAACUGUGGGAGUCAUAGAAGAAAUGAGUAAAUAAAUUAACAAAAAAAAUUACUUUUAGGCAUAUGAGAUUUUGCUGUGAAUUUUUUAUCCGCCUUCAUACAUUAUUGCUUAAAGAGCUGUCCUGUGAUAAAAAUGUUCAAUGCACCUUAACUGCCCCUUUACCCUUUCAUUACCACCAUGAGAUAGAGAAACAAUGUUCUAGACUGAUAGCACAUAUGCAGUCAUAAUUAGCUACCCAUGCACCUCAAAGAAAUGCACCUUUCUAUAGAUAAAAAAUGUUGCUCUAAAGCUAAAAUUGUUACAUUUCCCAGUCACUGUAAAUAUAAAUAGUAUUUCAGUGAUGUACUCCUGUCUUUACUAGCCAUUCUAACUAGCUCUGUGAAAUGCGAUAAUUUCUGCUGUGCUGAGUGAAGACAGUUUCAGUUCAUGCAGUUGUGCCACUCUACAGUUUCAAGAACUCUUUAAAUAACUUAAAAUUACACAUUAUUCUGUUAUUAAAAUGUUCCAUUAUGUAAACUUGGUUUGUUGUCAAAGGAAUGCACAUCUUGCAAUUGCUGAAAGUGUCUAUCACCCCAUCCUACAUUCACACUGUUAACUUUAAAUGUUCUUCCUCUUAAGGAGGUACAAACCCUUCUCCCAGCAAUCCUGAAAAAAUACCUUUCCAGACUGUUACUUGAAAAUGACAGUUCACAUGUGAAGUCUCGUCUCACGAGUGGUUUUAAUGCAUUAGAAAAGCAACAAAAAGCUAAAAAUAGAAAUACAUUCUUAGCGCCUUCAAGGAUGCUUGUACUGACAUGCUCGAUAAACCUCUCUAUUGUCUAAAUCUGACAACAGCAAAUUCUCAUACCUAUGCUACUUCAUAGCUAAAAUCAAUAAAAUUAGCUCUGUUACAGUUU